AUGGUCGUUUCCAUCCGCCACCCCCAGCGUGUCCUAGAUGCCCUCCCGUCAGUCAAGCAGGUACCCAAGGCAGACAACUCCGCCAUCCACGUCAUCAGCGCCAGGGUGCAAAGUCCAACAUCAUUGCCGUAUCCGAUCAGUCCUUAUUCGGCAUUAUUCUUCAUCCGACUCGGAUACCUAGAUACUGACUGUUCCUCAGGUAUACGUUCACCUCUUCCGCCUUCUUACAAAAUCCACGACAUCGCUACGAAAUCUAUUCUGCAUGUCCUUUUUCUCCCAAUGUCUUUCAAGAACAAUGCUUAUCAAGGCACCGAUCCUCCGGAAGAAGUCCUCAAGGCAGGUGCACUCUACCACGAGUGUGGUAUCGUUAGCCUACGGAUGCCAAGUCUUGCGAUGACGGACGCUGCCGACGCACAGGCCACGAACUUGGUGUAUAUGACAGAGUCCACAACAUAUAGGACGAAUAAAUUCCAUGAACUUAUCGAGCUAUGGAGGGCGAACAGCACCGAACUUGCAACGAUAUCAUACAACAUGACAAAUUGCAAGCGCGCCACAACCGUAUUGGUUCCUUCCCUCCCGCGAUAA